CACCUGCUGGGCACCGUAAUGGUGCUCUCUGCCCCAGCUGAGCCUCUCGCUGCCCUCUGAAGGAGCAGGAUGACAAGAUGGCACAGCUGCUUGUACCGCCCGGACCAGACAGCUUCCGCCCCUUCCUCCCCGAGUCGCUGGCCGCCAUCGAGAGGCGCAUCGCCGAGGAGAAGGCCCGGAGACCGCGGGCGGAGCGCCGCAGCGACGAAGACGAUGAAAAUGGGCCCAGGCCCAACAGCGACUUGGAGGCGGGGAAGUCUCUGCCCUUCAUCUACGGAGACACCCCUCCUCACCUGGUGUCGACCCCUCUGGAAGACCUUGACACCUACUACAGCAAUCAGAAGACCUUCAUAGUAUUGAAUCGUGGGAAGGCAAUCUUCCGUUUCAAUGCCACUUCUGCCUUGUACAUCCUGAACCCCUUCAACCCUCUAAGAAGAUUAGCUAUUAAAGUUUUAGUGCACUCGAUGUUCAGCAUGUUGAUCAUGUUCACCAUCUUGACCAACUGUGCUUUUAUGACCCUGAGUAACCCCCCGGAAUGGGCCAAGAAUGUAGAGUACACAUUCACGGGGAUUUACACCUUCGAGUCUCUUAUAAAGAUCCUGGCCCGGGGCUUCUGUGUGGGGAAGUUCACGUUCCUGCGGGACCCGUGGAACUGGCUGGAUUUCAGCGUCAUACUCAUGGCGUAUAUAACAGAGUUUGUAAACCUAGGCAAUGUUUCCGCUCUGCGCACAUUCAGAGUAUUGCGAGCUUUGAAAACUAUCUCAGUAAUCCCAGGCCUGAAGACCAUCGUGGGCGCCCUGAUCCAGUCAGUGAAGAAGCUGUCGGACGUGAUGAUUCUCACCGUGUUCUGCCUCAGCGUCUUUGCCCUGAUCGGCCUGCAGCUUUUCAUGGGCAACCUGAGGCAGAAGUGCAUGCGCAUCUUGAACAACACCAGCAGCAGCAAUGACACCGACAUGAACCUGCUGGGCUUCAACACCACCUUCAACUGGACAGAGUACAUCAACGAUGAGCGUAAUUACUAUUACCUUCCUGGCCGUAGGGAUGCACUGCUAUGUGGAAAUGGCAGUGGUGCAGGGCUCUGUCCGGAGGGCUUCAUGUGUAUCAAAGGGGGUCGUAAUCCAGACUACGACUACACGAGCUUCGACACCUUCAGCUGGGCCUUCCUGUCUCUGUUCCGACUAAUGACUCAGGACUUCUGGGAGAACCUCUACCAGCAGACCUUGCGUGCGGCGGGGAAGCCCUACAUGAUCUUCUUUGUGCUGGUGAUAUUCCUGGGCUCCUUCUACCUCAUCAAUCUGAUCCUGGCUGUGGUGGCCAUGGCAUAUGACGAGCAGAACCAGGCCACCAUUGAGGAGGCUCAGCAGAAGGAGGAGGAGUUCCAGGCCAUGUUGGAACAGCUGAAGAGACAGCAGGAGGAAGCUCAGGUUGCCGCGGCAGCAGCGGCCGCGGAGAGCGGCGAGUACAGCGGGAGAGGGGCCCCCACCUCGGAGUCGUCCUCGGGGACGUCCAAGCUCAGCUCGAAAAGCGCCAAGGAGCGACGCAACCGGCGGAAGAAGAGGAAGCAGCGGGAGGAGGAGGAGAGGGACGGGCGCGACAAGUUUCACAAGUCCGAGUCCGAGGACAGCAUCAAGAGGUCCAGCUUCCGCUUCUCCAUUGACGCCAACCGGCUGUCUUAUGAGAAACGAUGCUCCUCACCCAACCAGUCCCUCCUCAGUGUUCGCGGCACCCUGUUCUCACCUCGGAGGAACAGCCGAGCCAGCCUCUUCAGCUUCCGUGGCCGAGCGCGCGACAUGGGCUCGGAGAACGACUUCGCCGACGACGAGCACAGCACCUUCGAGGAAAGCGACAGUCGCCGCGGCUCCUUGUUCGUGCCGCGACGCCUCGAGCGCCGCUGCAGCGCCGUGAGCCAGACCAGCCUUGUGGCGCCGCGGAUUGUGCUGCCCGCCAACGGCAAGAUGCACUGCUCCGUAGACUGCAACGGAGUGGUGUCGCUGGUCGGUGGGACGUCCGUAACCUCUCCUGUAGGUCUCCUGCUGCCGGAGGGAACAACAACAGAUACAGAGAUAAAGAAGCGUAGGUCGGGUUUCUUCCAGCCAUCCAUGGACUAUUUAGAAGAACCAGGGGGCCGGCCGAGGGCCAUGAGUGUGGCCAGUAUCCUUACCAACACAAUGGAAGAGCUUGAAGAGUCCAGACAGAAGUGCCCGCCCUGCUGGUAUCGAUUCGCUAACACCUGUCUGAUCUGGGAUUGCUGUCCUGCAUGGCUGAAAAUCAAAGACGUUGUCAGCACGGUGGUCAUGGACCCGUUUGUAGACCUGACCAUCACCAUUUGCAUCGUCCUCAACACCCUGUUCAUGGCCAUGGAGCACUACCCCAUGACCAAAGAGUUCGAUAACGUCCUCUCAGUUGGAAACCUGGUGUUCACCGGCAUCUUCACAGCAGAGAUGUGCUUCAAGAUUAUCGCCCUGGAUCCCUACUACUACUUCCAGGAGGGCUGGAACAUCUUCGACGGCAUCAUCGUUAGCCUCAGCCUGAUGGAGCUCGGCUUGGCCAACGUGGAAGGCCUGUCUGUACUCAGGUCCUUUAGAUUGCUGAGGGUCUUCAAACUGGCCAAGUCGUGGCCCACGCUCAACAUGCUCAUCAAGAUCAUUGGUAACUCUGUCGGCGCUCUGGGCAACUUGACUCUUGUGCUGGCCAUCAUCGUGUUCAUCUUUGCCGUGGUGGGCAUGCAGCUGUUCGGGAAGAGCUACAAGGAGUGCGUGUGCAAGAUUUCUGAGGACUGCGAGCUGCCGCGCUGGCACAUGCACGACUUCUUCCACUCCUUCCUCAUCGUGUUCCGGGUGCUGUGUGGCGAAUGGAUCGAGACCAUGUGGGACUGCAUGGAGGUAGCGGGGCAGACCAUGUGCAUAAUUGUCUUCAUGAUGGUCAUGGUCAUAGGAAACCUUGUGGUUCUGAAUCUUUUCCUGGCUCUCCUCCUGAGCUCAUUUAGCGCCGACAACCUGGCAGCGACUGACGAAGACAGCGAGAUGAACAACCUGCAGAUCGCCGUGGGUCGCAUCCAACGGGGCAUCUCGUACAUUAAGUCCAAAGUGCAGCAGUUCCUCCGGAGCCUCUGCUUUGGCGGCGGCAAGGGCUUGGCUCUGGCAGAAGAGAGCAAACCCCUGGACGAGCUGCACAGCAACGGCAAGGGCAACUGCAUUUCUAACCACACUCCACUGGAGAUCACCAAAGACCCUGAUGGGAUGUACCUGGUGGAGGGCAACGGGAGGCCAGGAGAAGGGCUGGUGGUUGGGGUAGGUGGGGAUACCACGGGCAAGUACCCAAUGGAGGAAUGUGACUAUAUGUCGUUUAUUCACAACCCCAGCCUGACUGUGACGGUGCCCAUAGCUGUGGGCGAGUCAGACUUCGAGAACUUAAACACGGAAGAUUUCAGCAGCGAUUCGUCUGACCUGGAGGGCAGCAAAGAGAAGCUUGACGUCGACCCACAGCCUUUGAGCUCAUCGGAGGGGAGCACGGUUGAUAUUCGACCCCCAGGAGAUGGUGCUGAAUCAGUGGAACUGGAACCAGAGGAGUCUCUGGAUCCAGAGGCCUGCUUCACAGAAGGCUGCGUCCGUAGGUUCCAGUGCUGUCAGGUCAGCGAGGACGUAGGCUGGUUCAAGAGCUGGUGGACUCUCCGAAAAACCUGCUUUAUCAUAGUGGAGCACAACUGGUUUGAAUCCUUCAUCAUAUUCAUGAUCCUGCUCAGCAGUGGAGCGCUGGCAUUUGAGGAUGUUUACAUCGAGCAGCGGCGAACCAUCAAGACAGUGCUGGAGUACGCAGACAAGGUGUUCACGUACAUCUUCAUCCUGGAAAUGCUGCUGAAGUGGGUGGCGUACGGCUUCGUCAAGUACUUCACCAACGCUUGGUGCUGGCUUGACUUCCUUAUUGUAGAUGUGUCCUUGGUGAGCCUCGUAGCAAACGCUCUGGGCUACUCUGAGCUCGGCGCCAUCAAAACUCUGAGGACACUGCGAGCCCUCCGGCCCCUGAGGGCCCUGUCUCGGUUUGAGGGCAUGAGGGUUGUGGUUAACGCCCUGCUGGGGGCCAUCCCCUCCAUCAUGAACGUGCUCCUGGUCUGCCUCAUCUUCUGGCUCAUCUUCAGCAUCAUGGGCGUGAACCUUUUCGCAGGGAAGUACUACUACUGCGUCAACACCACCACGGACGAGCCCUUCCCCAUCACCGUCGUCAAUAACAAGAGCGAGUGCCUGAGCCUGGUCAAUGACAGUGCACGCUGGAAGAACGUCAAAAUCAACUUUGACAAUGUUGGGGCUGGUUAUUUGGCCCUGCUACAAGUGGCAACAUUUAAAGGUUGGAUGGACAUCAUGUACGCAGCUGUGGACUCCAGAAAUUUGGAAGACCAGCCUGACUAUGAAGUGAACCUGUACAUGUACCUCUACUUCGUCAUCUUCAUAAUCUUCGGCUCCUUCUUCACUCUUAACCUGUUUAUUGGCGUCAUCAUCGACAACUUCAACCAGCAGAAGAAAAAGUUUGGAGGCCAGGACAUCUUCAUGACAGAGGAACAGAAGAAAUACUACAACGCCAUGAAGAAGCUGGGUUCCAAGAAACCGCAAAAGCCUAUUCCUAGGCCAACGAAUGCAUUUCAAGGCUUCGUGUUUGACUGCAUCACAAAGCAGGCGUUUGACAUUGUAAUCAUGAUCCUCAUCUGCCUUAACAUGGUGACCAUGAUGGUAGAAACAGAUGACCAGACAAAAGAGAUGGACAGGAUCCUUUACUGGAUUAACCUGGUUUUCAUUGUGCUCUUCACUGGGGAGUGUGCGCUCAAGAUGAUCUCGUUGCGUCACUAUUACUUCACCAUUGGUUGGAACAUCUUUGACUUUGUGGUGGUGAUCCUUUCGAUUGUAGGUAUGUUUUUAUCUGAGGUUAUUGAGAAGUACUUUGUGUCUCCAACGCUGUUCCGAGUGAUACGACUCGCCCGGAUAGGUCGCAUUCUUCGCCUUAUCAAAGGUGCCAAGGGCAUCCGGACGCUCCUCUUUGCCUUGAUGAUGUCACUACCUGCCCUGUUCAACAUUGGCCUUCUACUCUUCCUGGUUAUGUUCAUCUAUGCCAUCUUUGCCAUGUCCAACUUUGCUUACGUCAAAAGGGAGUCAGGGAUCGAUGACAUGUUCAAUUUUGAGACCUUCGGGAACAGUAUGAUCUGUUUGUUUCAGAUUACAACCUCAGCUGGGUGGGACGGACUGUUGGCACCCAUACUUAACAAGAGGGAACCUGACUGUGACAGUCAAAUGGAACACCCAGGAAACUUGUACAAGGGCAACUGUGGUAACCCUUCAGUGGGCAUCUUUUUCUUUGUUAGCUACAUCAUCAUUUGCUUUCUCAUUGUGGUUAACAUGUACAUUGCCGUCAUCCUGGAGAACUUUAGCGUGGCUACAGAGGAAAGUGCUGAGCCGCUGAGCGAGGACGAUUUUGAGAUGUUCUACGAGGUGUGGGAACGCUUCGACCCUGACGCCACUCAGUUUGUAGAGUACAGCAAGCUCUCAAACUUUGCAGAUGCUCUAGACCCACCGUUACGCAUUCCCAAGCCUAAUAUGAUCCAGCUCAUAACGAUGGACCUGCCGAUGGUGAGUGGCGAGCGCAUCCACUGCCUUGACAUCCUGUUUGCUUUCACCAAGCGAGUGUUGGGAGAAGGCGGUGAGAUGGACAUGUUACGUGGACAGAUGGAGGAGCGCUUCAUGGCCUCCAACCCCUCCAAGGUUUCCUACGAGCCCAUUACCACCACCCUGCGCCGCAAGCAGGAGGAAAUGGCUGCCGUAAUUAUCCAGAGAGCCUUCCGCCACUACAUGAUCCGCCAGGCCAUGAAAAAGGCCUCCGCCCUCUACAAGGAGAAGCUAAAGGAGGGCGUUCGCGACCCAGACAAGGAUGUGAUGGUCAUCAGCAAGUUCAACGAAAACUCCACGUCGGAUAAAACAGACGUGACUCCUUCCACGGCCUCCCCGCCCUCCUACAACAGUGUGACGAAGUCAGACAAGGACAAAUACGAAAAAGAAAACCGGGAAAAGGAAAACAAAGGGAAAGACUUGAAAGACAAAAAGAAAUAGACUUCUAAAAAUAUGGAACAAUUAAAUAUAAUGCAUCAGAUCUAUGAGAGACAUUUGUUUACAGCUUCUAGAGGAGGUAGAUAAAUGUGUGCUUGUCUGUUGAUUGUUCAGAGAUGAGGAAUGCUGAUUUGAGAAAGCCCUAAAAAGGGAGUGGAUAUGUUGGAAAUAUAUAUAAAUAUGUGGGUUCUUCCCAGAGGGGGGAAAUGGAAGCAAGUUAUUCAGCUGACACUGCCAGAGGUUGACUGAUACAUAGAGCAGACUCUCUUCAAAACGCUUGUGG